AUGAAUGAUUUUGGUUCAAGUGCCUGGAGUGCUGUUGUGACUGUGUCAACCACAAAGAAACCUCAAACCAGUGAAGAUCUCCAGAGGGCUGUCACUAAGGGAGAUGUGGAGACUGUCAGAAAUAUUCUGCCCGGUAAGUUUACGAUGCUCAUGUUCUUUUCCGUUAUUACUCCACCUCUCUCUACAGGGAAACACUUAUGGAGGAUCGUUAGAACAAAAAAAUAUAUAUUAGAAAAAAAGGUACUGAAUGAAAUGAAAUAAAAAGAUGAAAUGGAAUAAAAAGGGUUCGCUCUUUCUUGAAGGACUCAAUACUUGGCUUCUUUACUCUAUAUUUAGGAAAAGGUUUCUGUAAUGCACCGUAAAAAAAUUAAAAAGUGACAUAAUAUUGUAAUUUACGUGGUAUGGAAUCAAUGCCGGGAAUGGAAAUGAACACCUGUGGGAGAGCUGUUUCAUUUUUCUGAAUUAAUCAUGGGUUCAGCACCAACCAACAAUGAUUCCUUGACUGUAAACUAAAUCCAGUGACUCUGCAAUUGUCCAAAAUAUUCCUUAAAAAGUUUCCUUUUUUUAAGUUUCAGGGAUACUGUUAAUUAAGACCUUUUUGUGUAUGUUCUUUGGAUAUGUUAUCAAUCUGAACUGCGCUUAUUGAAAUCUCUAAUUUUGUUAAGGUGUAGGCGACCAGUAAUUAUUCUGGCUCUUUGUAACAGGGUCUUCAAUAACAGCCAGUUACCUACACACUACUGCCACCUGUAUGCUCUCUUACCGCCAUCUGUUUAGCCUGUGAGCAGGUUCUAAUGUUUUGUUUCCACCUUACAGUCCCUUUCCCGGGCACAGCGGCCCAUUAUACUAUCAGCAGCCGCCAAGAAGAAAAAGUUAUUGAAACCGCUGUUGAAAUUUUUUCGAAAUAUGUACUUAUCGACUUAGUUUGGUCGGGCCGGACGGGAAAAAGGUUGGCUCAAUUUCAUGACGUACAGACCAAGCGCAGCGAGGUCCGUGCGCCAUGACGGAGAGCCAAAUGUUUUCCCGUUCGGCCUGACCAGACAUAGCCGAUGAGUAUUUCAUCAUAUGGCCAAUAACUAUUGAAAAUUUCGAAAAUUUUGUUUCAGACUUAAUAUGACGCUAUAGACGGGCGCUCGCGGGCAAUAAAAAAGAUUCUACAAUAGAAAGUUUUCCUCUGUUUUUUCGAGUUAGAACAACUCAACCACAACUCAUCGAAAAACCGCGACUUUUUGCACUCUUUCCUUCCUUUUCUUUAAGUUUUUGCAGCAGAGCUGUGUGAGGGCAGGGCCGGAUGGCUUUUCCGGACCGGCUCACGUCAACCCGUCCGGCCCUACACACCUCAGCUUUCACUGUUGCUUUUUUUGGGGAUUACGCGUGCGGGGUUUUACGGGCCUUAUGAUGAUUAUGCACAAGCGAAGGAGUGAAGAGUUCGUGAAUGUCUUCAACAGUAGUAUUCUAUACUGACUGACAGCAGACUCUAAAAGAGUGGAAUAUUCAGUAAAUGUAGCAAAGCUGGCUUAACUUCUGUCAUCUAUCUCUGAUUUUUGGUCGAUGGUUUGUUUGGCGUCUGUCAGCCAACUUCUAUCUGUAAGUUAACUGACUGUUAUCGGACGUGUCUGACAGCUUACAGGUUCUUACUGAUCGUUGAUAUGUUGGUCAAAUGUUACUAAGUUGUUAGCUGACAGUUUACCACCAGUCAGUAAAGGGGGGCUCUUAUUGCUUUUAGCCAAAAUUUGGCAUUAAAUUUCUUACUUACAGACUCGCAAUUCUGUAUUUUAGGACUUAGCUGGCAAGCAGUUGAUUCCCCCGACAAGUUUGGUUUAUCACCACUCAUGAUUGCAGGUAACACAAUCCACUGCUAAUUACUGACACAAUUACUGAAACUAAAACUAUGACGUGGUUUUGACGAUAAAUUGUUCGAUGUUUCCGUCACAUUUCACAAUCAUAAAUUGGAAAAAUUUUAAGUUAAAUGAACUAUAUAACUUCAACUAUGAAUGACUUCAUGACUAUGAAUACUUCUUUUCAAAAUUCCUGUUCGUUGCAUCAGUUACAAAUUGUUAUACCAGCUAACUAUGAACAAUUAUUUCUUCUCAAUCAGCUUUAGCUUCGUCCUCUUUUUUAGGUUUUUCUCACCAGAUCUGCAAGCUUUGCAGGGUUGUUAGUUUCCCACCUGGACAGUGGUAACAUAUCGAAAUUAAAUUGUUUUUUUUCCAAUGGUAUUUUAGCCCAAAAGGGUUAUGUAGACGUGGCACGAGUUUUGCUGGAAACUGGCGCAGAUGUGAACUUUCAAAGCAGCAGUGGAAAAACAGCCUUGAUGAUGGCUUGCUUCUCAGGUUUAUAACUUGUGAUAUUAUAUCUCGCGCUUGGGGCAUAAUCCCGAGCGGUAGAAAGCUCGGUCCGUGACUUACAGUACGGGCGUCGCACUUGGUUAGUAAGACGCAUUUAGCUUUCGCCAAAGGUCCAAUCUUUGUAAAUGGCAAUUUUAAACUUGACGGAAAAUGUUUCCGCUGACAUACUUUGUCAAAAAAUUUGUCAUCUCUCCAUCUUCUGUGAUCUGUAAUUGUAUCUCUUGGCCUAAAGAAGCUCUUGAUUGUUAAACAAAUUCUCCAUGUCAGCACCUUAGGAAAUGUAUAGAGUACAGUAUGGAGAAUAGUGAAAUUGUCUGGUGUUGACUUUCAUUGGCCUGGGUAGUUCUAAUUUGGACAUUCUUACGUUCUCUAAAACACAUCUGUUCACGACGUUUCUUAUAAAAUCUUGCAGGAAAUGUGGAGGUUGCGCAGCUGUUAAAACAACAUAAGGCUGACUGGGAUUUAGUGGACAGGACAGGUUCAACGGCUCUUCACUGGGCGGUCGACGGAGCCAAUUUGGAUAUGAUCCGCUGGAUGCUUCAAGAUGGCUGCCGAGUGGACGUCAAAGACGAAACGUCAGGUGAUUCUGGAACUGUUGUAAAGCACGCAGGAAGCGGCUUGAGGGAGAAACGGUGUAGGAGGAAGAACGAGGCUUAGUCGAGAUCGAGUGUUGUGACGUCUCUAGUGCUCAAGCCACUCCCUAAGAUAACGAGGCAGAUCUUGGAGAACAUUUCAUACGCAGCUAAAAUUUGGAAAGCUAUUCUAAAUCACUGCUUUGGUAUACUCCCCUGAUGAAUUAUAAAAAAAAAAUUAUUUCAUCGUCGAAUGCGUUUAUUACAAAAAUGUAGGUAUAAAAAUUUGUCGUGAGUGUUGGACAAAGAAAGAAUCUGGGUCCUUACGAGGAUCGAGCAUCAGCUAUUUCUAUUUUCUUGGUAGGAUGCUGUGCCAACUGAUCAUAAGUCACAGAGAAAUCUUAAUGUGCAAUGCUAUUUACGAAGUUCAUGUUUGACAAGAGUUCUGUAUGCAACAAGGAUUAUCAAUGUCGCCAGCAUCUUGUGAGAACAAUAAGAAUGAUGGUUAAUUCUGAGCUUGCCUACGAAUACACCCCUAAAGAUAAUGCAAAGAAGUUGAUUUAGGAACUUGUGGUACAAAGUACGUGUGUGCGGUGAGGUUUCAAUUAUAUAACCGUGGAUUGCCAAAUUUCGACGAACAACUCUCAUUCGUAGGUAGAACGAACAUCCACUGGCAAAUUGCAGAUUUUUCUCUGCUCGAGAAUGUUUGUUUGUGAGAUAUUUAUAUCAGAUAUUUAUGUCUGUCUCUAAUGCUUUGCAAUAAUUUUUCGUAGGCUGGACUCCUCUGAUGAGAGUAGCAGCUGUGAGCGGUAAUGUGAACGUUGCCAAGGUACUGAUACAUCAUGGGGCCAAUGUGCACACAAUGGACAAAGAAGGGAAAACGACUCUGAUGAACGCUGCACUUAAUGGCUUUGAAGCGCUUGUUAAGCUUCUUGUUAAAAAGGGUGUCCCUGUAAAGCUGAAAUCAGAGCACGGCAAAACGGCGCUGGAUUUUGCCAGGUCUUUUGAACACGAAAGGGUGACUCACUUUCUGCAAGAGCAUGUAGAGGCUUUGAAAAAGGCUGACAACGAACGCAAAUUGGCUGAAGCGAAGGAAAGAAGGCACAGCCGGGAGCGGAUUGAAAGUCAUGGCCUAAAAUCUGUUACAAACGGUGCACAGAAUGGAACAUCAGAGGCGGUUGUGUCGUAACUGAUGUUUAAAAACAAAAACGGUUUAAAGCCAUGAGAUAUUAAAUUUAGUUAUCAUCAAUCUCAGUUCAUGUGUAACCCUUUAGCUCUUGGAAGAGUUAAACUUGUACCUUCCUAUGAUAUCCAUGCAUUAAUCAAACAGGUUUUGAAAAUUCUCGAAAUUAUCAGAUAUAAGUUGUUGCCUUUAUCUACCACCAAAUCAUUUUCAAUAAUUUACAAGGAAAUGUGCAGCAGCUAGAGGGGAGAAUCGAGAAUUAAAGGGUUGACGGUUCUGUGUGGGUCAAUUUUAAAAUGUCAAUGAGAUUUUCAAUACCUGCCUUGAUUAAAAUCGCCGUUACCGUUUGCAAACAUCUUUUAUUGUUCUAAAAGGUUAUUUGAAGUUUACUUUCACGGUUUCAAAGUUUAUACAGACAAUUGAGUAUACCGUGUACGACAACCAUUCUAUUGUUCCAAAAUGUGAUGAAGUUAAUUUCACGGUUUUUAAGUUUGUACAGACAAUUGAGUCAAAUAAUUAUUAAUAUAUUUCAUCUUAAAUUUAUUUAAUUUCUGUGAUAAAAGCGAACUUCGUCAAAGCUUUCAUUGGUAGAAGCAAAUAUGCUACUCCGUAAUUUGCUGAAUUUCAGACAGA